AUGGGCAAUAUCGAGUCGGCCGCCGACGGGUCGUUGAGCCGACGCUCCUCACAACGAAAAAGCCGCUCGCCGUCCCCGAGUUCCCAGAAGCGGAGCAACAGCUUACGCCGCAAUCAAAACGGGGCCAUCCGGGCGGAGCAGCCGCUGAUUCGGCGCAGCAAGACGUGCCGGGUCAAAGAUCGAACGCAACGCAUCCGGCCGCUUUGCAUGAUCACCGGGUUGAGCAGUCAUCAGAAAACGAUCCUCGCGAAAAGAUGGAACAAAAUGGACAACGCCAGGUUGUACGAGAUGGGAAAAAAAGUCUUCGAGGGUCUCUUCACGGAGAAUCCCUCAUUUCUUCCCUUCAUCGGGUUGUCCGCAGGCGAGAAUUGGCGGAAGUCCAUCGUUUUCCGGCUUCAUGCACAGCGCUUCGUCACUGCGGUCUGCGAGAGCCUGAGGCGGAUGAGGGACACCCAGGCGGCCUGUGAUGUCUUACGGGACUUCGGGGCGCACUACUCGGGUCACAAAAUUCCGAAUGCUUACUUUGAGAAGAUGGCAACGGCCCUAUGCGGGGCUAUCAAGGAAUUCGAGGGUCAGACGACGCUGAUUGAGCCUGAGCAACGCCACCGUUCUCCAUCAGCCGAUCCAUCCUCCUCCUCAGCCACAGAUUCCUCAGCAAUUUCGAAUGGCCAGAAAAUAGAGCCGAAACACGGCUCUUCCCUAUCGACAAUAUCGAAUAAUACAACUCGCGGAGAGAUCAGCGAAAAUAAACCGGCGAAAAGCAGCGGGUUUUCGAGUCGGCACUCCGACUCGUCGAUGUACCGGGUCAAUGGCAGCGGGGCGUUGUGCUCGAAUUCGCUGAGAGGCACUCCCCCGCACAACUCGUCGGAUUCGGAUUCGCCGCCAAUCCGGGGGCCCGCCCCCUCAUUUCUGCCGCCAUUUCCGAAUUCUCUCAAAAAUUUGAAUAAUAUUAAUAACAACAACUGCCCGAUCACCACCGAGGCCUGGCACAUCUUCGCUACGUUUGUCGCCAAUCAGGUGAAGCUGGGCUACGAGCUCGAGAAGGUGCUACAGUACGAGAUGGCCAAAUUGGGCUUAUCCACCCAGCAUACCGUAUCCCCCGGCACCCCGGACCCCUUCAACAAACAUCAUAUUGACGUCGAAUUUUUC